ACCUUACAUUACCACCAUUCAGACUUCUCGCAUUGUUCACUCAAGAUGCGUGCAGCUACACGGCUUUUCCAAGCCUGUCGUAUAACUUUCUUCACGCGAGACGGUUGUAAGCUUUGCACCGAUGCGAAACAAACUCUCUCGGACGUGUGGGAUGUCCGGCCAUUUGUAUACAGAGAGAUCAAUGUCAUGAAGCCAGAUCAGACAGUAUGGAGGAACCUAUAUGAAUUUGACACCCCAGUGAUCCACGUCACCAACGCGUCGUCCCCUGAGGAAGACCCUGAGCUAUCUGGAAAAGCAAAAAAGCUUAUGCACCGAUUCACUGCCGAAGAAGUCCAAAAGAAGAUGAACGACGCGGAGGCCCCGCCUUAAGGAAUACAUAUUCUAUUCGACUAUAUCGUCUAUUUUCCAUAUGGUCCGGUCAUCUUCUCAGUUGACUGGCCACCUUUAGCCUUGGCUACUUCUGAACCCAAAAACACCGCCAGCGCAAUCGCGUCUGCCGUGACAUUGACCAUGUCAAAGCCCAGCGCUGCCAUCUUAUUCGCCUGUUCACCGCUUGGGGUGUAAAUUCCCGAUUUUUUACCCGCCUUUUGCGCAGCAGCAAGAACCUUUGCAAUAGCAGCCUCCAGCUCCGGGUGCAUUGUUGGGCCCGUAAUCGGAUAACCCAGUGCAUUGCCAAGGUCGAAUGGCCCCACGAAGAGGACAUCCACGCCCGGAACUGCCGCGAUCCCGUCAACGUUUGCCAGGGCCUCGGCAGUCUCGAUUUGGACGACUGUGAGGAGAGAGGAGUUGGCCUGGACAAGAUACUCCCCAGCUGUCAUCGUUGCAGAAAAGGCUCCCUGGGAGAAUGGAGAGCCAAAGCCUCUGAUACCUUGAGGUGGGAACUUGGCAGAUUUGACGAGUCUCUCAGCAUCCUCAACUGUGUUCAAAAGAGGGACUAGUACUCCGUGGGCUCCACAGUCCAGCGCACCUAGACAAUUUUAAUAUUUGCUAUCAAAGAGACUUGUUCAAUCCCACUCACGCUUUACAAGCCAGCCCUGGUUGUCAGGUAUCCUGACAAUCGGACUCACGCCAGUUGCGGCAAUGGCUGCAACAGACUCAUGCAUAGCAGCAUCUGCAGAUAUCAUUGUUUAGCCUUAUAAAUGCAGUAUAAGUGAUGAGAAUUGUGCCAUACCAGCGAUGUUACCAUGCUCACAGUCAACAAGAACCCAGUCUACUCCGCUAUUCGCACAAGCCCUC